CUCAACUCUUGAGUGCAUCGAGCGAGAGAGACCGCACCCAUGGCCAACCUCCAAGUCACGCCUUCCGCCGCCGCGUUCGCCGAGUGGAAUGAGCUUAACUUGCAAGGCCUCUACUUGUACCACACGCCCUUGGGCACAGAGGCCAACCAAGCUCAGGUCAUAGACACGGCGCCGAUUGGUAUUGGUGCCACCGUAGUUAACAACUGGGCAGUGUAUGACGGUGCAGGCCCAGAUGCAACUCUUGUUGCCCGUGCACAAGGCUUGCAUAUCCAAGCCGGGAACUGGGUCAAUUCCUUCAGCCUAGUCUUCGAGAAUGAAAGGUUCAGUGGGUCUACACUUGAAGUGAUGGGGAUAACUGUUGAGACUGGAGAGUGGGCUGUUGUUGGUGGCACCGGUCAGUUUGCUAUGGCAAAUGGUGUCAUCUCCAAGAAGUUCCAUGAACAGAGAAGCGACGGGAAUAUCAUAGAACUUAGUGUCCGUGCUUUCUGCCCAGUGCUAAAAGAGACAAGGUAUGCCGUCACAAAAAUUGGACCGUGGGGUGGCAUGGGAGGGUCUCCAAUGGACCUCACAGAGGCGUCCAAGCGUCUGGAAAGCAUCACCGUUUGCAGUGGCAUGGUGGUGGACUCCAUUGCAUUCUCCUAUGUCGAUUUUUCUGGCCAAAAGAGAUCUGCUGGACCCUGGGGUGGUUCUGGUGGAAACCCUGAGACGAUCCAACUUGCUGAGUCCGAGGUGGUCACAGAAGUGUCUGGGACAGUCGGCAACUUCUACGACAACACCGUGAUAACCUCCAUCAAAUUCGUGACAAACCUUCAAACCUAUGGGCCUUGGGGGGACGGGCAGGAUGCUCCAUUCACCAUCCCCGUGCAGCCAGGCAGUGGCAUCGUGGGCUUCUUCGCACGUGCUGGGGACUGCCUUGACGCCAUUGGCGUUUAUGUGCGUCCUCUCUAGACUUUGAGAAGCAGCUGCUUCGUCAGUUUGAUUGCAGUUGGUUUCAUUUCAUUUCCUACGGUGCCGGUGCCCAAACUCCCGCGUGUGCAGGCCCUGUCGUCGACCGCCCGGCGGCCGGCUCUCUCCUUCGUCCUCCAGGCCAGAGAUGAGGAGCUGCCCCCAAUCAAAGGUAGCAUGGAGGCUAAAGUAGUCAUGCGUAAUUCCCAUAUGCAGCCAUGCUUGCAGCACCGGAUAUUGACAAGAUGAAAGCUUAUCUUUAUGCUACAAACCAAAGCCAUUGACACACGCCGCUAAAUAUGUGGAAUUUGAAGUGUUGACGAAGCCCAUUGAUGUGCACAUGAUUAGAGAAAAGUUGGCCAUGUUCUUAGUGACACAGGUCAUCAACAAGAAAGGAGAGUUCUAUCAUCCGAAUCAACCAUCAGUGAUGUGUGUUUCCAUUAAUAUGGGUCCAUUGAUGUAGUGUGUGACUGAAUAAGUUAUGUCCAAUGUUGUGAUGGAUUUCGAUCCUAUUGUGAAUCUGUCAAUCAAUUUGAUAUAAA